AUGGAGUUGACCUGCAAAGUUUGGACUCUGGGGUUGAUGUCUGUGCUCGGGAUGGUUCUAUUCGUCCCGCCGGGCUUCACCCUUCCCCUUGCUGGAGACUCCGAUUUGGACAACCCUGAAGAAGGAGAAAAUCAGACCAACUUUAAUAUAGUCUGUGGCAAAUCUCCCAACUCUAACCGGAUCGUCGGGGGUGAGGAUGCCAAGGAUGGAGAAUGGCCCUGGCAGAUCAGCCUCUUUUUGGGAGAGUCUCACCACUGUGGAGGGAGCCUGCUCACCACAACCUGGGUUCUCACCGCCGCCCACUGCGUAUUCCAACAGGAGCCAUCCAGUUACUCUGUAAUCUUGGGAACAAACACCUUGGAUCCCAUCAGCACUGAUGGCGUCACCCGCGGUGUGAAACAGAUCGUGGUGCACCCAGGCUACGCGGGCAACAUCGAAGACAGCAGCGAUGUCGCUCUUUUGGAGCUCUCGGAACCAGUGUCCUUCACGGAGAAGAUUCAGCCCAUCUGCAUCGUGGAUGCCUCUUCCCGGCCCGCUUCUGGCACACCCUGCUGGGCUUCUGGCUGGGGAAGGCCAGAAGUGGGAGGUAUGCUGCCUCCUCCCGUGGCCCUCCAGAAGCUCCAAGUGCCUCUGAUCCACCGUGAGGACUGUGACAAUCUCUACCAUCAGACCGAUCAGCCUUCUCCCACCAACCCCUCGCGGGACAGCAAAGAGCUUCCCGAGGGUCCCAUCAUCUUGGAGGGCAUGAUCUGUGCCGGCUAUCCAGACGGCCAGCGGGACGUCUGCAAUGGUGACUCUGGGGGCCCUCUUUCCUGCCCAGUGGAUGGACGCUGGGAACUGACCGGCGUGGUAAGCUGGGGGGUGGACUGCGGCUCCCCCAACCACCCUGGAGUCUACGCCGACGUGGCCACUUACUCCUCCUGGAUUGUCGAGAAUAUUCCUCAAGGGAACGGAAACUAA